AGAAAAGAAAAGGAAAAAAAACUGCCAGCUGAAGCUGUGUCUCGGCUGUGGAUAACGAACGUAGGCGCUGCGCUACGCGGAAGGCCUUCCCGUCUCUGCUUCCUGCCGCGCCCUACACGUGUCCAUGGCGGGUGCGUGCGCGGUGGCCGCGCCAUCCCGGGCCACCGUCUCCGGCCCCGGCGCAGCCCCGCCGCCGGGGCGCGGCUCCCGCGUGAGCUGCCGGCGCUCGGCGAGGAGACGCGCCGGCGGUCGCGCUCGCGUGUCCCGCGACACCAACGGCGCCGAGGCUGAGCCGGACAGCAAGGGUCCAAUCCCGCAGGAUGACUCCGGCUACCUGCUGACGCUGGGGCUCGGGUCCAUCGGCGGCGCGGCGGCCGUGAAGUACGGCAGCGUGCUGCUCCCCGAUAUCACGCGGCCCAACAUCGUCGAGGCGCUGCUCAUGGUCUCCCUGCCCAUGGCGGCCGCCGUCCUCAUCUUGCUCAAGCUCAGCUCCACUUCCACACAGGACUAGGGCUUGUACACCCUUCAAAGUUCAGAUGACAUCAUGUGUCUUUUUUCGGUUCCAUUUUGCAAUUCGAGACGCCUAGUAAGACGAACAAGAACAGAAUAUGCAAAAAAAAAAUGUGUUAUGUCCGCAAAUCUUGUGUUCUAUUGCAAAAAAAUUGCACUUGAGGAAUGAGGAGACGGGUGCCCGUUUAUUCUUGAUUUGAAGCAACAAGAAUAUUCACUUGCACA